AAAUGGCGACAAAGGGGAGUACAACAGACGCGUCGGAUGAAUUGUUUGACUUUACAUGUUCUCCAUGCAACAAAAAAGACAGGAAAAGCGAGGCGGUGAAGUACUGUGUGGACUGUCAGGAGUAUCUUUGUGUACCUUGUGUUGAAAGUCACAAUAGUUUUUCUGUCCUAGCUGGGCAUACUUUAGUUGAAAGGUCAAAGUUUGGAAAUGCAAGUAGAACAGACAAAAAGGACUUACCGUCGGUGCCGACUGAAAGAUGCAAAGUUCACUCAUUGAAGCUCGUGGACAUGUACUGUGCUGAUCAUGACUCGGUUGGAUGUCAUGUCUGCUUUACGAUCAAUCAUAAGCCAUGUCAAGAUAUCCACUACAUUCCCGAAUAUGUUGAAACGACAAAACAGAUGGAAAAUAUCAGGAAGAUAAAUGAUGAAAUGGACAAAUCAAUUUCCGAAAUGGAUAACUUGAUGAAAAAGAAACAGAAGGAUAUUGAAGAUAACAGGAAAACAAAAGCUACCUUUUUAAAAGAAAUCAAGGCAUUUAGGACAGAAAUCAACGAAGCUUUAGAUCGACUGGAACAAGCUUCUGUCGCUGAAGUAGAAGGGAAAUGCAGUAAACUGGAUCGAGAAUUUCGAGAAGAAUUGAAGAAUAUACAGGAUACUCUUGAUAAACUUACUACAUGUAAAGCCGAAAUGGAAUCAUCACAGAGGAAUCCGUCGCAACAGUUUGUUAUGAUAAAGAUAUCCGAGAAUAUAAUAUCAGAUAUGAAAAAGGCAGGAUUACCAUCGACAGAUAAACUGAAAGGUAGUCUAUCGUUUGAAAGAAAUUCAGAGAUACUGCGUUUCCUUCGAAACCAUGAGUCACUUGCAAAGAAACCAGUUCCAAUAAAGCACGGGCUUUACGAAGUUCAAAGCAUGCAAAGCUACAAUGUAAAGCUGAAUGACGACGUCAAUACCUGUGAUAUUUGGUCUUCUUGUAUUCUUGACUCUGGCGAUAUUAUAUUAGCAGACCGCAGUAACAAGAAAAUAAAACUGAUUGACUGUGAAACAUAUAAAGUACGAAAUUCAAUGACGGUGUCUACCAGUCCUAGAUCUGUUUGCAAGAUAAGCAGUGUGGAAGUUGCGGUAAGUCUUAUCAACCAAACAGUGCAGUUUGUGUCUACCAAGAAACAGCUCAUGCCUACGCGCUUGCUGAAGGUUGACUGUGAUUGUAGAGGAAUUACUGUCAUAGAUGAUCAACUGGUGAUAAGUGAAGAUGGUAAGAAGGUAUAUAUAUAUACAAUGAAUGGAAAUCGUUUGAAGGUCAUCGAGAAUGAACAAUCAGACAGUAAUAUAUUUAGUUACAUUCGUGAGAUUUCCGUGAGUGACGACGGUAAAUUGGUUCACGUGGUUGAUAGUAAUCGUGGUCUAAUAAAUAUAGAUAGAGACGGUAAUGUGAUCUGGAGAUAUUCUGGCCAAGAGCUGAAGAACCCCUGGGGAGUAUGUACAGACGGAAACGGUAAUGUGUUUGUGAGUGAUUUAUCAUCAAAAAAUGUUGUACAACUAGGACCUGAUGGGAAGUUUCUUGGAGAAGUUGUCUCUAAAGCACAUGGCUUAAAUUGCCUCAGAGCUGUAAGUUUCGAUAGGAAAAACUGCAAGCUGUUGGUAACAGAUGGUAACAAACUGCAUGUCUUCCGCGUCCAGUAAAAACAGUAUUCUGUUUUAGUAUAUAGAAAUAUAGAAAUAGACAUGGAAUAAAGAUAUUUUGAUUGACUUAUAUGCCCUUACUGUAUAUAUGUAUGUUAUAUUUACUUUCUUUUGACUGUACGGUUUUCACCAGAAUGCUCAAAAUUGUUUCUUUUUAAGUACUUGGAGUGAAGAUGUUUUCAGUGCUGUUUCUUCAGUGUACUGGAAUGUGAGCAACUUGAAAACUGACGAUUUUUUACACACAACGUGCAUGAAAGAUGAUGACAGAAUGAAUUUACGCGUUUCGACCUGAAACAAAUAUACCUGUAUAAGUAGAACACUUGCUUAAGAUUGUGUACACUUUGAAGUUUCUUUUUCGUCCGUCAAAACUUCAUUAACUGAAAACAUAUUAGCAACAGUUUCAUAAAAUUUCGUGCCUUCUCCAUCCUUGAUCCGCCUAUUUGUAGCAAUUUUGUUGAUCUGAUGCAUUAAUUAGGUUAUUUGUAUUAGCACAAACAAUAUUUCAAAUUGACAGACAGUUAUUGAAAUAAACUUUCGUCACAGA